GUAAGAGUUUGCAGGAUGUGCUGCUUGCAUGAAGAUCCAGACAGUGAAGAAAAUUAUCAGAACAGCAGCAUUACUGCGCGCUCCUCUCGCUCUGUCUCACACAGGAUCUGCAUUUGAGUCUGCAGUGCUUCAGAACAUGACGGAGGCUGAGCUGUACUCGCUGUAUAAAGGUGUGUAUGUGCCGACACAUUUACACCCUCCUGAGAGCCUGAGAUACUGCGAGGAGUUCACUUUCCGUCCGGAGGACAUCCUGAUCGCCACUUACCCCAAAUCUGGCACAACAUGGAUGCAGGAGGUGGUUCCUCUGAUCUUGAGUGAAGGUGAUCUGACUCCGGUGCUGACGGUGCCAAACUGGGACCGAGUGCCAUGGCUGGAGGAACACCGGGCGAUCCUGCUGAAUCUGGAGCAGAGAGCUUCUCCACGCGUCUUUGCAACUCACUUCCAUCACCACAUGAUGAACCAGUCUUACUUCAAAAUAAAGCCCAGGGUCCUUUAUGUCCUGCGUAACCCCAAAGAUGUGUUCACGUCCUCGUAUCACUACUAUGGAAUGGCCUCAUACCUGGUGAAUCCGGGAACCCAAGACGAGUUCAUGGAGAAGUUCCUUGAUGGAAAGAUCAUUUUCGGUUCCUGGUUUGAUCAUGUCAAAGACUGGAUUAAUGCUGAAGAACAGGAAUCCAUACAGUACAUUUUCUAUGAGGAGAUGAUCGCUGAUUUGAAAGGAUCCGUGGAGAAAAUUGCCAAGUUUCUUGGUAAAUCUCUGAGUUCAGACGUGACAGAGAAGAUCGCUGAUCACUGCGUCUUCAAGAACAUGAAACAAAACAAAAUGUCCAACUUUUCUCUGGUUCCAGAGGAAUACAUGGACCAGAAGAAAUCUGAAUUCCUGAGGAAAGGAAUUGCUGGAGACUGGAAGAAUCUGUUCACUGAAGCCCAAGAGCAGCGAUUUGAUGCUGUAUACAAUGAGGAAAUGAGAGAUGUGACAUUCAAAUUUAUGUGGGACUGAAAAAAUACAACUAGUUAUUCUUGUUUACGUAGAAUAAGCACAUUAACCCUUUUUUGCUUAUCUAUUAAAACAUUAAGGUCUAUAACACUGACUAUUUUAAUCAUUCAGAAUGAGAUAUUUGCAUGUGCUUUUUAUGUAUAACACUUUUAUAUGUAUAACUAACUUUAAAAUGGCUAGAAGCAAAAACUAAUUUUAUUCUACCUAUUUUAAAAAGACUGAUUUGAAGAAAAAGAUUAUUAACAUUACUCCUUUGAAUGAAAGUACUUCUUAAAUUCAUUUUUAAGCUUUUGUUGCAUGCAAGUCUAAUAAAUUCAUAGAUAGCAUUGAGUAAAAAUUAUUUAAUUACUAGCUACUAACAGUGUGUUUAUUACUGUACUAAUUACUCUCUCUAAAAAUGAUUGCCUUGCUUAUUAGUUUUUAUACAUAUAUACAUGUGGCAAGGGGGGGGCA